AGUCUUCGAGUCAGAAAAGAAGCUGAGGCUACAAGACAGUUUGGUUUUGCCCGAUAUGCAGGAAAUACAGAAGCCAUGUGCUAUAACAUUUGACGGAGCUCAACUGGCACAGGAGUACGGUGUUAGGAUAUCAGACUGUGAUAUAAAAAAUAAGGAGUCCAAUUUGGCAGUAAUUACGUACAUUGCAGGAUUUUGUGCACACGCCGCGUUAAAGAAGCUGCCUUGUGAGUAUUGUGCCAUGAAUAUUACAUCUCAGGACCGGGAAAUUCAGCUUGAGAGAAAUGUCCUGAUUGAAAACCUCUCGAGAGGCGCUCUGAAGUUUCCCCAGCUGACUGUCAUUAAUGCAGUUCUACACGCCCACAUUGUCUUGGAACAGCUUACCAGCAAAGAGAAUGCCUCACGUUUUCAUGCAACUCCUAAACAGAGGGAGGUCCUUGUGUCUAUCACAAGGCACCUUUGCGAAUGUGAGGAUUUUGAUGUCUGUACCAAUGGUCAUCACCCUGACACUGUGCUGACUAAUAUACUUGUGGCAGCAGCAAACACCCUUCUGAAAAACUACGUUCAGAUGAAGACAGGUAUUUUGAACACUAAAAAAAAAAAACGCAGUCACAGCAAAGGAAGCUGCAGAAGUUUUCAAAAUGAACAGGAAGUUUUUGUGCGUUCUAUGUACAUUGAAAAUGUGAAGAACACAGCUUUUUUCUUCAAAAACUCUCAUCUAUUCUUUUUUCAUACAGACAGCUGCCACGAGAUCGACGCGACAGCUGGAGGAGCAGAUCAAACGCAUACGUUCCUCAACCUCCUCUUCAUGCAUAAAUUAUACGCUGACCGCUACGAGGACUCUUGCCCGGGCUGUGGCAGCUCCGCAACAGUAUUUCAUGUCACGGGUGAGUGCGCCAAUAAAAUAUUUUCUCCCCUUCCCGGUAUCCUGCACCCCUUCCGCACCAUAGAGCUGUGGGAUGAUGCCCUCUGCGAUGGACCUCCCGAGGUCCGCCAGGCCUUGGUUCAACGGGCCAGGUUGGUCGCCGAGAUCGUCAUAGUGAACCCGGACUAG